UCACUUCUCACAGACUCGCUUCACUCGGACAGCUGCGUAGCGGCCGCUCUCACGUUCUGUCUUCUUCGGCCCCCGCCAAUGUCGUCGCCGCGCUUUAUCACAGAGUCCGAGGCGGCACUCCAUCGCUCGCAGGAGUCCUGCUGGCUCAUCUCGUCCGGUAAAGUUUACGAUGUGACGGGAUUCUUACGCAUGCACCCCGGAGGGAAAGCGCUGAUCCUCGAGCGGGCCGGCAGCGACGUGAGCCGGGUGAUGGACGGGCCGCCGCACCGCCACUCGCUGAACGCCAGGCGCUGGCUGGAGCAGUACUGUAUUGGCCAACUGGCCGGGACGCAGGAAGCAACGCAGAGACAGACAGAAGGCACGGGACACGAGGUGGCCAGUGGAAAUGUAGAACAGGACUUAGUGGACUGGCAGAAGCCGCUCUUGUGGCAAGUGGGGCGCCUGGGUGAGAAGUACGACGAGUGGGUUCACCAGCCGGUUGACCGGCCCAUCCGCCUCUUCUACUCGGACUUCAUUGAGUCCUGCUCCAAGACCUCCUGGUAUGUGGUGCCAGUUGUGUGGCUCCCUCUAGUGGCCUAUCUCAGCUACUUCUGCUAUACUUCAAUGUCCCAGGACAGCACCCGCCUCACAGACAGGUUUGCAUUCCCACACAAGUGGGCCUUCCCCUUCCUCUUCCUGCUGGGAAUGUUCAUCUGGACCCUGGUGGAGUACCUGAUUCACCGCUACGUGUUCCACAUGAGGCCACCAGCCAGCAACUACUUCCUCAUCACGCUGCACUUCAUGCUGCACGGCCAGCACCACAAGUCCCCCUUUGACAGCUCCCGCCUGGUCUUCCCUCCCAUCCCAGCCUCCUUGGUCAUCGGGUUUUUCUAUGGCCUUCUGCAGCUGCUUUUGCCCAAAGCUGUUGGUAUCUCGUUAUUUGUGGGGGGCCUCUUUGGCUACGUGCUGUACGACAUGAUCCACUACUACCUGCACUACGGAUCUCCCUCCAAGGGCAGCUACCUGUAUGACCUGAAGACCUACCACGUCAAGCACCACUUCGAGCACCAGCGCCUGGGCUUUGGCAUCACCACCAAGUUCUGGGACUACCCGUUCAAGACCCUCAUUCCGGAGGAGACGCACGAGAAGCAGCACUGAUGCUAAGAGGGAGACGUCCGAUGAGCCGAGUGCCCACCCUGUGGCUGCCCUGUCCGGCGCAACGAGGUCCCCCGCGUCUCGCACCUUGACGUCUCUGACGGGGCGGGGGGACGGGGGUCUAUUUAUUAACUGUAACUUUUAAAGUAAGAUUUUUAUUUUAUUUACUGCUAAGUUCAAGCUGUGCCUCGGGGACAAGUGUUUGCUGGGCACGGCUUGUUUUGGAUGAUGUGGGAGGGCACAUGCCCAGCCUCUGCAGCCGCUGCCAAAUGAUGAACCUGGCAUCGUCAGUCAACUUUGAGCAGCUUGAAGGAUGAACGAGGAGGAUGGAGUGGUAAGGUCACAUCCUGUAGCUGGCACUGGCACUUCCUGGCUGGCACUAAUGUCCCUAACCCCUUUGCCACCUCAAUGGCGACCCUCACUUCCCCAAUUAUCAUCACCACCACACCACACUUGUAAUUCGCUUGCUUCACGCCAGCCUGACUGCCCGGUUGCUCGGUGGAUGUGCCCUCCUCCUCUUGCUGUCUUCGAUGGGCACGGUGGGGAAGGCUGAUGGCAGGAUGCCAAGGUCGUCGGCCUGUGGGCAGUGUGUGGGGAUGGAGCUGCCGUCUCUGAUGAGCCACACGUGUUUACCUCUGAAGAGCAAACUGUCAUGCAGACAGGUGACAAAAGGAGCCCAAGUGCCACCCGAGCUUUUUCUACACCUGUCACAAAAUUCUUGUCACUUUCUAAACGAGAGCCUUUUUUUGUACAAUGACAAGUUGUAAAUAAAUAUUUGUAUAUUUUGUGCUUAAA